GAGCUGCUGCUGCCAAGAGAAGCAGUAUAUAAACCCCUUUGACCUCUUUUUCUCUUCUUCUUCCUUUUCCAUCUCUCAUCCAUUCCUCCUUUUCAUCGAUAUCAUCCACUGCUAUCCUCGUGCAUCUUCCAUCAGCAUCAUAUCCCUUCGCAUACUUCUCUAUAUUUCUGUCUUAGGAAGUACCCACAACUACAUCAUCAAGAUGCAGCUUACUCUCGUUGCCAACGUCUUCCUUGGUCUUUGUCUCUCCGCGGCUGCCUCCCCUACCAACUUCACCCGGGCUCCUAUCGUUGUGGACAAUCCUUCGAGGCUGUUCGAGGCCCGUCUGCUGGAAAAGAACACCACGACCAUCCGGGGCGCUCUCAACAUCUGGGCUCGGUCAAUCGGAGUCAAGGUCCAUGCGGACUUCUGGGGGCUUCCAAAGGAGCAGGCAUUGCCAUACCAUAUCCAUGCCCGUCGAGUCCCCGAGAAUGGCAGUUGCGAAGCCACCGGUCCACACCUAGAUCCCUACAACCGCGGCCAAGAUCCUCCAUGCGAUGCCACUCAUCCCGAAACUUGCGAGGUUGGCGACCUAAGUGGAAAACAUAGUCCCAUGUUCACCGCGGUCUAUGGAUCCUUCGAGGCCGAAUACCCAGACCACUUCCUUUCGACAGACCCCAACAGCCCAGCCUACUUUGGUGAUCUCUCUAUUGUCGUCCAUGGGCCCAACAGCGAAAGGCUCAACUGCGGUAACUUUGAGUUAAAGCAGACUGGCACCGAGUCUACUUAAUAGGAGACUUGUUCAAUGGCACGGCAUGCGGAGGAUUCAGAUUUCCCCGUGUUUGUGGAGGAGUUUCCUUUUAGGCCGACUGUAAUCCUCAUCUCUUUUUUGGGACAUAACUCUACAUCCUUUUGCCCGUGAUCCUGUAUAACCUCGAAUCCUUGCGAUGCAACAUUGAUGUCCUGUUCCUUUUUUUUUUUUUUUUUUUUUUUUU